AUGGACUCCCUUGUUGACCUGUUGAUUGUUGGUGCUGGUCCGGCUGGAUUAAUGCUAGCCUUAUGGGCGAGUAAAUUCAAUAUGAGGACGAGGAUUAUCGACGAAAAGAAUGGUAGGGUGUCUACUGGUCAUGCUGAUGCCCUGCAUUCGAGGACGCUUGAGAUAUUUCACAGUUUCGGCAUCGUGCAAGAUUUCAUGUCCCGUGCAUAUCACAUCAACGAGAUUUGCUCUUGGAAUCCCGACCCUAGUAAUGGGGAAGAAAUAAGGCGGACGCAAAGAGUGGUGGCACAACCAUCCCAUUUGAGCCGGUUCCCUCAGUCAAGUCUGAGUCAGGGGACGACCGAGCAAAUUCUAGAAUCCGGAAUCAGGUCCGAAGGAAAAGUCGAAGUUGAGAGGAACACUGUUCCGAUAACGCUUCGCCUCGAAGAGAAAGAAGGGUACCCAAUCCUUGUUACCCUACGUAAAAUUGGCGAAAAUGAGUCAGCACGAACGACCAACACUUCGAGCAGAAAAGACGAUGAGAUUAUCAGGGCAAAGUACUUAGUUGGAUGCGAUGGCAGCCAUAGUUGGGUUCGAGAUCAGGUUAAUAUGCCUAUGGAAGGACAAAGGACCGAUACUCAUUUUGGGGUCAUGGACAUAAUACCCCUGACCAACUUUCCUGAUAUUCGGAAGUCAUCCGUGAUACACUCUAAGAAUGGAAGUGUCAUGACAGUGCCCCGAGAGAACCGUCUCGUCCGUCUGUAUGUACAACUAGGCGAGACUGCCCAGGGGAGUCGCCUAGUUAACCCAAAAGACGUUACCCCUGAGAUGAUUCUUACUUAUGCCCAGAGGAUAUUCAAGCCGUACCAACUGGACUUCAGGGUAUGCGACUGGCACUCUGUUUAUACUGUCGGGCAACGGUUAGCACCAAGAUUCGACUAUAAGAAUAGAAUAUUCCUGGCCGGCGAUGCCGUGCAUACGCACUCUCCUACUCUUGGCCAAGGCAUGAAUGUUUCAAUGCAAGAUACGUUUAACCUUGGCUGGAAACUCGGAUCGGUAAUAACUGGGGUUGCUAGCCCCAAGAUCCUUAGCACGUACAACGACGAAAGGCAUCACGUAGCCAAGACAUUGAUUGAUUUAGAUAAAGAGAUGACCGGGUUUUACUCUAACGGCCCUAGCAAGGAGUCUGAGGACUACCAAUCAUUCAGGGACUGCUUCUCCCGCUUUCUUAGUGGUGUCGCCAUAAGUUAUGGUCCGAAUGCGCUCAUCGCUGACAGGAGUGAACAGGGCCUAACAGAAGAAGUUAGGCUCGGUCAACGCCUACCUUCUCAUAAGGUUGUUUGCAAUGCAGAAGGCAAUCUUGUACAUUUAUCGGACUUCUUCCCUAGUAAUGGCGCCUGGAGGAUCCUUAUUUUUGCCGGUGACGUUGGAUCACAGUCUCAGUUCGACAUAGUACAAAAAAUAGGGGCUAGCCUUGAGAAAUUUGUCAACCAGUUUUCAUCCUUCAACAACCCCAUCAUUGAAGUAUUCCUCAUCCAUGCUGGUACGAGGGAUUUCAACAUACUUGACCUUCAUCCGGUAUACCACCCCUGGAAUGACAAGUUGGGAUGGGAUUACUGGAAGGUAUUUUCGGACGACGUGGGGGAUUUUGAGCCGUGUCGAUCACCCUAUGAAAUGUACGGCGUUGACAAGCAACGGGGAUGCAUGGUAGUUCUGCGCCCGGACCAACACGUUUCGUUUAUCGGUCCACUGGCAGAUUUCGAUAACAUCCAGCGAUUUCUCAGUAACGUUCUGAUCUUCAGGAGAGAAUGA